UCUAGUGGACGGGAUGCGUCUUCAACAAUAACAGUUAGCCAACCAGCCACCUCCUUAGCUUACUAGCCAACAUAGCCGAAAUAUUGGAGCUCUUCAGAAGAUUUCGACGUAUAUAUAAGCCACUGUGUUUUAAACAGCUUUUUUUUGUUGUCAUCUAGCUGUUACCCCAUUUAAUAUAAUAUUUACGUUGUUAGACAUCUAGCUAGCUGGUUAACUUGGCAGUAGGACUAGGCUAACGCUAACUAGCUAGCUAGCUAACAUCAACGACCAUAAAGUCACUAAGCUACUCCCCCAGCUGCUAAAGAAGAGGUCUGCUAGACGGAGAAAGAAGGUUUCGUGGAAGAGGAGGCUGUUACAGUGAAAGAAGAAUAAGAGAAAUACGCUUUCAGCGUGAAAGAAGAGGAGGAUGUUGACUACCGUGAAAGAAGAUGAGGAGGAGAAGGAAGAGAAAGAGGAGGAUGUCGUUUUUGGAAUGAAGGAGGGGGAGAUGACUGUCACAGUGAAAGAGGAGGAAGACGUUUUUGGAGUGAAGGAGGAAGAGGAAGGGCAGAUGACUGUUACAGUGAAAGAAGAGGAAGACGUUUUUAGAGUGAAGGAGGAAGAGGAGGGGGAGAUGACUGUUACAGUGAAAGAAGAGGAAGACGUUUUUGGAGCGAAGGAAGAGGAGGGGGAGAUUACUGUCACAUUGGAGGAUGAAGAAGAACAGAGGACUGGAGAUCUGAUUAACACCAGUAAAUACAGAGAGAUACCAGACUCUCACUCUGACAGCAGGAAGAGUCCUUCAGAGGAACCAGACCCAGAGACGCCCAAACCAGCGAGACGACAUCACUGGUCCCAGUGUAAAAAGAGUUUUAAGUGGUUAUGGAAGCUGAAAAGUCAUGAUAGAACAGACACAGGAGAGAAGACUUCACAAUGUUCCCAAUGUGGAAAGAGUUUUACACGGUUAGGGAACCUGAAAAGGCAUGAGAGAAUACACACAGGAGAGAAACCGUUCCAAUGUUCCCAAUGUGGAAAGAGUUUUACACGGUUAGGGAGCCUGAAAGAACAUAAAAUUAUACACACAGGAGAGAAGCCUUUCCAAUGCUCCCGGUGUGAAAAGGGCUUUAGGUGGUUAGGGAACCUGAAAAAGCAUGAGAGAACACACACAGGAGAGAAACCGUUCCAAUGCUCCCAGUGUGUAAAGAGUUUUACACAGUUAGGGAGCUUGAAGGAGCAUGAAAGGAUACACACAGGGGAGACAUCUUACCAUUGCUCCCUGUGUGGAAAAGAUUUUACCAAGUUAAGGAACCUAAUAAAACAUACAGAAUUACACACAGGUGAGAAGCCUUUCCAAUGCUCCCAGUGUGGGAAGGGUUUUACACGGCUAGGGAACCUGAAGGAUCACAAAAGAGUACAUACAGGAGAGAAGCCUUUCCAAUGUUCCCAGUGUGGAAAGAGUUUUACACGGUUACGGAGCCUGAACGAACAUAAAAUAAUACACACAGGAGAGAAGCGUUACCAAUGUUCCCAGUGUGGAAAGGGUUUUACCCUGUUAGGGAGCCUGAAAAAGCACGAGAGAACACACACAGGAGAAAAGCCGUUCCAAUGCUCCCAUUGUGGAAAGAGUUUUACACAGUUAGGGAGCUUGAAGGUGCAUGAAAGGGCACACACAGGGGAGACAUCUUACCAUUGCUCUCUGUGUGGAAAGAAUUUUACCAAGUUAGGGAACCUAAAAAAACACAAACAAUUACACACCGGAGAGAAACCUUUCCAAUGCUCUCAGUGUGGGAAAGGUUUUACACGGUUAGGGAACCUGAAGGACCAUCAAAGAGUACACACAGGAGAGAAGCCCUUCCAAUGUUCCCAGUGUGGAAAGAAUUUUACAUGGUUAGGGAACCUGAAAAAGCACGAGAGAACCCACACCGGAGAGAAGCCUUUCCAAUGUUCCAAGUGUGGAAGUAGUUUUAAAAGGUUAGGGAGCCUGAAGGAGCAUGAAAGGACACACACGUGGGAGACAGCUUACCAUUGCUCUAUGUGUGGAAAGAAUUUUACCAAGUUAGGGAACCUAAACAAACAUGAAAAAUUACACACGGGAAAGAAACCUUUCCAAUGCACCCAGUGUGGAAAGGGUUUUACACGGUUAGGGAACCUGAAAGACCAUAAAAGGACACACACAAGAGAGAAACCUUUCCAAUGUUCCCAGUGUGGAAAGGGUUUUACCCAGAUAGGAAACCUGAAAAGGCAUGAGAAAAUACACACAGGAGAGAAGUCGUUCCAUUGUCCGCAGUGUGGAAAGGAUUUUACCCAGUUAGUAAACCUGAAAAGGCAUGAGAAAACACACUCGGUUUUAACAAUGACCCCAGGAGUUGGAAACGGUUCGGAGAACAGAACAGAAAACCGCGUAGGAACAGAAAAAAUGAAGAAACAAACUGAACCGGGAAAGAAAGAAAGAAAGUGAUCUCGACAGUUUUUUGAAACAGAACCGUUAUUUUUAAAGUAUGGUAACCGGUUAAUAACGUUAUUUUAAAGUAACUGUCCUGUGAAAAUCUAACUUGAAAAAGUUAAUAUUCUGUUAAAAUAUCAUUAUGAAGUCAUGGAUGAAUUCUAGAAUAUACUAUAUAUCCUAGAAACCUGGUUAAACUAUCAUUAUGAUAUCAUGUAGAAGUUAAUUAACUCAUCGAAAUAAUGUUGAGACAUCCUAUACUCAUAUUUGUGGCCAAAGCAUAAAUUGACCCUCAAACUUGUAUCUCAAACAGACUGUUUUAAAAAUACUAUUUCCUCAUAGAACACGUUAUCUCCCUGCAGAGGAUGAGCUUCUGUUUUUGGGGUACGAACCACACCAUUCUGUUGUUGGAGUACGCCCACACCUUUCUGUUGUUGGGGUACGCCCCACACCUUUCUGUUGUUGGGGUACGCCCCACACCUUUCUGUUGUUGGGGUACGAACCACACCAUUCUGUUGUUGGGGUACGAACCACACCAUUCUGUUGUUGGGGUACGCCCCACACCUUUCUGUUGUUGGGGUACUCCCACACCUUUCUGUUGUUGGGGUACGCCCACACCUUUCUGUUGUUGGGGUACGCCCACACUAUUCUGUUGUUGGGGUACGCCCCACACCUUUCUGUUGUUGGGGUACGCCCACACUAUUCUGUUGUUGGGGUACGCCCACACUAUUCUGUUGUUGGGGUACGCCCCACACCUCUCUGUUGUUGGGGUACGUCCACACCUUUCUGUUGUUGGGGUACGACCACACCUUUCUGUUGUUGGGGUACGUCCACACCUUUCUGUUGUUGGGGUACGCCCACACCAUUCUGUUGUUGGGGUACGCCCACACCUUUCUGUUGUUGGGGUACGCCCACUGCUUUCUGUUGUUGGGGUAUGACCCACACCUUUCUGUUGUUGGGGUACGCCCACACCUUUCUGUUGUUGGGGUACGCCCUCACUAUUCCAACACAGAAAACCUGCUUUUAACAUACUUAAUAAAUAAAAAAAGAUUGGAAGGAAAGUAUUUCACUCAUAUUAUAAGUAAUUACAGGUCAUAGUUCAUAGAAAUCUGGAAACACUGGGAACUUUAAGUUCCAGACAUUUUUUUUAUCAGUCCCACAAAAAAACGCCAACAGGGCCUCCAGAGUGGCAUAGCGUCUAAGACAUCCUGGUUCUAGUCCAGGCUCUGUCUCAGUGUCACUAGAGAUCCUGGUUCUAGUCCAGGUUCUGUCUCAGUGUCACUAGAGAUCCUGGUUCUAGUCCAGGUUCUGUCUCAGUGUCACUAGAGAUCCUGGUUCUAGUCCAGGUUCUGUCUCAGUGUCACUAGAGAUCCUGGUUCUAGUCCAGGUUCUGUCUCAGUGUCACUAGAGAUCCUGGUUCUAGUCCAGGCUCUGUCUCAGUGUCACUAGAGAUCCUGGUUCUAGUCCAGGUUCUGUCUCAGUGCGAGCUAUGUCACUAGAGAUCCUGGUUCUAGUCCAGGUUCUGUCUCAGUGUCACUAGAGAUCCUGGUUCUAGUCCAGGCUCUGUCUCAGUGGUAGCUGUGUCACUAGAGACCCUGGUUCUAGUCCAGGUUCUGUCUCAGUGUAACUAGAGAUCCUGGUUCUAGUCCAGGCUCUGUCUCAGUGUGAGCUGUGCCACUAUAGAUCCUGGUUCUCGUCCAGGCUCUGUCUCAGUGCGAGCUGUGUCACUAGAGAUCCUGGUUCUAGUCCAGGUUCUGUCUCAGUGUAACUUCUGUCUCAAGGCUAGCUGUGUCACUAGAGAUCCUGGUUCUAGUCCAGGCUCUGUCUCAGGGCUAGCUGUGUCACUAGAGAUCCUGGUUCUAGUCCAGGCUCUGUCUCAGUGUGAACUGUGUCACUAGAGAUCCUGGUUCUAGUCCAGGCUCUGUCUCAGUGCUAGCUGUGUCACUAGAGACCCUGGUUCUAGUCCAGGCUCUGUCUCAGUGGUAGCUGUGUCACUAGAGAUCCUGGUUCUUGUCCAGGCUCUGUCUCAGUGCUAGCUGUGUCACUAGAGAUCCUGGUUCUAGUCCAGGUUCUGUCUCAGUGCUAGCUGUGUCACUAGAGACCCUGGUUCUAGUCCAGGCUCUGUCUCAGUGCUAGCUGUGUCACUAGAGAUCCUGGUUCUAGUCCAGGUUCUGUCUCAGUGCUAGCUGUGUCACUAGAGAAACUGGUUCUAGUCCAGGCUCGCAUUCGGCCAUGACCGGGAGAACAAUGGGGCGGCGCACAAUUGGCCCAGCAUCGUCCAGGUUAGGGGAGAGUUUGGCCCAGCAUCGUCAGGGUUAGGGGAGGGUUUGGCCCAGCAUCGUCCGGGUUAGGGGAGGGUUUGGCCCAGCAUCGUCCGGCUUAGGGGAGGGUUUGGCCCAGCAUCGUCCGGGUUAUGGUAGGGUUUGGCCCAGCAUCGUCCGGGUUAAGGGGGGGUUUGGCCCAGCAUCAUCGGGGUUAGGGGAGGGUUUGGCCCAGCAUCGUCCGGCUUAGGGGAGGGUUUGGCCCAGCAUCGUCCGGCUUAGGGGAGGGUUUGGCCCAGCAUCGUCCGGGUUAGCGGAGGGUUUGGCCCAGCAUCGUCCGGGUUAGUGGAGGGUUUGGCCCAGCAUCGUCCGGGUUAGCGGAGGGUUUGGCCCAGCAUCGUCCGGGUUAGCGGAGGGUUUGGCCCAGCAUCGUCCGGGUUAGUGGAGGGUUUGGCCGGCAGGGAUAUUGUUGUCCCAUCGCGCCCUAUCGACUCCUGUGGCGGGCCGGGCGUAAUGCACGCCGACACGGUUGCCAGGUGUACGGUGUUUACUCCACCACAUUGGUGCUUCCGGGUUGGAUGGGCAUUGUGUCAAGAAGCAGUGCGGCUUGGCUGGGUUGUGUUUCGGAGGACGCACGGCUCUCGACAUUCGCCGAGUCCGUACGGGAGUUGCAGCGAUGGGACAAGACUGUAACUACCAAUUGGAUACCACGAAAUUGGUGAGAAAAAGUUAUUAAAAUAAAAAUAAAAAUCGAAUAAAGGAAAAAAUAUACAUAAAAAAAACGCCAUGUAAACGUAUCGUAUCUUAUUAUUAUCGUCUUCAAACAACAAGAUGCUGAGCUCUUCAAGCCUCCUCCUCCUCUUCCUCCUCCUCCGUAGGUAUAAUUCAUGUCAUAACAAGACGCUAGGCGCUUCAAGACAAGCCUGCUCCUCCUCUUCUUCCUCCUCCUCCGUAGGUAUAAUUCAUGUCAUAACAAGACGCUAGGCGCUUCAAGACAAGCCUGCUCCUCCCUCUCUCGCCGCCUGCAAAAUGUAUGUGGCAUCUUACGCUCUACACUUGUCUGUCCAUCACGCAUGUAAACAACUAGCAAGCUGCUCUGUCCACACUGAUUGGUGCGGAAUGAAAAAGAGCGAAAUGUAAAAAAAAUAAAAAUAUAUUUAGCUAUAUUUAUAUAAAACAAAUAGUUGUUUUGUUCAGAACGAAACAAUUGUAACAUUUUGGUUCCAACCCCUGGGGUGUAUUCAUUCCAAAGUAUUUCUUAAACGGAAGCAAACAGAACGAAACGGGGAGGGACUUAUCAGAAUUUGACCAAUAGAAAAUCCCCAAAAAGUUGCAAAAAAAUGUUCCCGAAUCAGCAAAUGUUUGACCCAGUUAGGGAAUCUGAAAACACAUGAGGGAAGAUAAGAGAGGGAACACACAGGAAAACAUUCACACGAGGGAAGAUACGAGAGGGAACACACAGGAAAACAUUCACACGAGGGAAGAUAAGAGAGGGAACACACAGGAACAGAUAAGACCUUCUACAUUUUCCAGGACACUGGAACUACAAUUAGAUAAUAGAGGGAGGCUGUUCUGUUCUGACAUGUUUUGGACUGAGAAUUUGUGUUUUUGUUGAUGUCGCAUGAAAUCAUGUUUGUAUGAAAUAUUACAAAAAAAAAAUAGGCCUACUUGAGUUAUUUUCCUCUCGAGACAUGUGUAUAAUCAGAUUAACAUUUUAAAAUGUGUAUUUUAUUUUGAUUAGGAAUUUGGAUUUGAUUGAAUACAAAUAUGCACCCUUUAGAUGUUCAUGAUUUGAUUUGGAAAGUUGUAGAUUUUAUUAAAUAGAUUUGAUAGAAUGUGUAUUUUUCUUGAUUCUAACCUUGAAACCUUGUCAAUUUAGUUGUUUUAUUUCAUUGAAUUAUUUUGUGUUGUCGUGUCUGUGACUAUCAUUAAAUGUGAAACUUAUUUAUCAAA